UACAUUAACUUUGAAGUGGAACUAAACAAUGGAACCAGAUAUUAUUCGAAUGUAUUCCUCAUCCCCUCCACCACUAGACAAUGGAGCUGAUGAUGAUGAUGAAGAUGAAUUUGGAGGAUUUUCUGGUGUAAGCACUGCUGGAGUAGCUUUUGCUGAUUUUGAUACACCAGACUACAGUCAUCCAAAGGAGGAGUUUAUACCCACAAAUCAUUUCAUCCCACUUCAUGAUUAUUCUGACAAUGUAGCUAGCAUUACAACUUUCACAUCUGUUAAAAAUGUUAAAGAUAAAGACUGCAUUGCAGAGCUUCCUACUCUUACUAAGGAACUUUCUGAUAUGUCAGCUACUAGUACCAGCAAAGAAAAAUCUAAGUUUAGAACUUCAGGUACUACUUUAGAAGAUGUAAACAAAAGAGGGGAACAAAGAGACAACACUGGGAAAUCGGAGGGUUUUUCUUCUCGUGUCGUUAGAACUGGUAUAGCAGUUGAGAGCCAGGAUGAGCAAAUAGAUGCUUGUAAUGGUGAGAAACUUCCAUGUCUAGAGAUUCUAACAAAUGGAUUUGCAGCAUCGGACCCUGUAAAUCCUCAGGGAACAGAAGAUCUAGACAGUAUCGGUGACUCAAAGGGACUGAAAACUGUUAGUGCUCAUAGUACUGAGAAAAAUUUGAACUCAAUGCCUAGCUCAGGUGAAGACUUUGCAGAUUUUGCUACAUUCUCAAACAAAAAACCAAUCCAUUUAGAGGGAACAGGACCUACAGUACGCAGUGUUCUUAAUGAAAGAGACUGUCUGAGCAUUCAGGAGAACAACAGAAUAAACAGAGUAACUUGUAAUGAAGAAGAGGUUUGCAUUUCAGAAAUCAGUUGUGAACAGGGUCCCUCAGCACUGGAAGAUAAUGAAUUUGCAAUUUCUAGUAUGUCUCGAAUAACUGGAAGUUCAAUAUGCACUACUGAAAAUGGAGAAUGCAGUGGGAGGAGAAGACAACACGGCACAGAGAAUGGCAAAGAUUUUACUAGGCCUGAUGACUCUUCACGAACAGAGGACAUCAAGGUUGAUGAGAUCCGAAGCCUAAGCAGUGAUCUUGCAGGAGAAAAACUGGGUGAUUCUGAAGAUCUUAAGAAUGGUGGAAGUCAUACUGAAGUUGUAGCUUGCAGUGACGCACAUGACGAUGAUUUUGGUGAUUUUGGUUCAGUCAGCAAUGCAUCUCCCACCUUCAUUAAUGCUCAAGAAUCGAUAAAUGCUCUAGAUUUAGAAGGAACUUCCAAACAGCCCGCACAUAUUGGUGAACCUAAUGAUGAAUUUGGUGAAUUCAGGGACACAAGUACUGUUUCUCAGCAGCCAGCAAGGUUGGAUCAAGCUGAACUAAAUCAGACUGCUGACACUUUAGAAUGUGAUACUACCAGUAAAACUUCUGGCUUAGACUUCCAGCAUACUACUGAGGUAGAAAAUGGUGACGAUUGUGAAUUUGGAGACUUUGAUUCAGUGCCAAAACCUCAAGAUGAGACUGUUGCUUUUCAGGACUCUGAUGACUUUGCGGACUUCAGUUCAGCAGGUUGUAACCAGGCUACAGACUGGAAUGCUUUUGAAGAUGAACAAAAAGACAGCUGUUCUUGGGCUGCCUUCGGAGAUGAGCAAGCUGGUGAAUCUCAUCACAGAAAAGAGACGUGGCAGUCACAUAGGACAGAUGCGUCUGCCAGGAUUGAUGGUCCAGUAUUACACAAGACUGACAGUUUUGCUUUAGCAUCUUUCCAAGGAACUACCAGUAAGCAAUCUCAAGAGCCAGCACCUUCAGUUCAGACAACAUUGCUAAGUCGUCUGGAACGAAUAUUUGAAGUCUGUUUUCCUUCCAUGCCUGUUCUUGAAAUGGAAGAAGAAAUAAGUUCCUUGAAUUGUUUGUUGGAAGGAGGUGACAAGCAGAUGACAACUGAGGAGACCUUAGCAAAUACUGGGGAACUGAUGGACGUGUGGACAGAGCUGCAGGAUAUCCAUGAUGCAUAUGGGCUGAGAUACCAGUGGGGUGGCUCCCACAGCAACAAAAAGCUUUUGUGCUCCUUGGGAAUCGACACAAGAAAUAUUCUCUUUACAGGCAACAAGAAACAGCCUGUUAUAGUACCCAUGUAUGCAGCAGGACUGGGUAUGUUAGAGCCUACCAAGGAGCCUUUGAAACCAAUAUCUGCAGCAGAAAAAAUAGCUUCAAUAGGACAGACACCUCCUGUAUCACCAGAGAUGAACACAUGUACAUCUGAUCAGUUCCAGGAAUCUCUACCACCUGUCCAGUUUGACUGGAGUAGCAGUGGCCUUACUAACCCUUUAGAUGCUAGUGGAGGUUCCACUCUUCUGAACCUUGAUUUCUUUGGGCCCGUGGAUGACAGUAGCUCUAGCAGCACCACCACAAUCCCAGGUGUGGAUCCUGAGUUGUAUGAAUUGACAACCUCAAAACUGGAAACUUCCAAUGCAAGCAACAGAGUGACUGAUGCAUUUGCAAGACUCAUGUCCACAGUGGAGAAGGCAAGCACGUCCACAAGGAAGCCUAAAAAGGAAGAACAUCUUAGUGAAGAGGCUGCCAAGGUGAUUUCUACCCUUCCUGACUUAACUUUCAUGCAUGCCAAGGUGUUGAUGUUCCCAGCCACAUUAACACCUUCAACAAGCUGCCAAGAAAAGGUAGACUAAAGUGAUGUGAAUUGGACGUUUUCUAUUGAUCUCCCCCCCCCCCCCCCCCCUUUUCUUUCUCCCCCCCCCCCCCCCCCCCCCCCGUGGGUCGUAAAAAGCAAUCUUGCUUUAAUUAAAAAAAAAUCAAGUUCAGAUGAUUUGUUGGUAAGCAGCACUAGAAAGGUAUACAUAGUAAUGUAUAUUUAUUUACAUACUGGAGUCCUAAAUUUAUAUUAGAGAAAAAUGUAAAUAAUUGGGGGUAAAUCUUUUUGAAGAUCUAUUCUUUUUGUUGUGCUGGGGUGUAUACAUUUAUGUCUUUGUGAAAUACACUGGUGGUGUCCUUCUUACAAAACUUUAAAAAGUUUAAAAAAAAAAAAAAUCCUAGAAACAUAUAACGAAAACUUCAAUCUUCACAAUCUGUGAAGUCCCCCUUAAAGGUUUUCCGAUUGCAUUGAGCAUCUUUUUCUUUCCGGCAUAUAGUAAAGUAAGUGUUGCUGGGAAAAAAACAAAAGGUUACAUUGUCCCUUUGUGGGUUUUCAGUUAUUGUUGUUUCUUUAAAAUCCAAUAAUUUCUUUAGUGUUUUAACAAGCUUAAGGUGUGUUUUUUUCCUUUUCUUCUCCCCCAUCCCCUCCCCCUGUUUGAUUGGUUGGCUGAUCAAUUUUUAUGUUCUUAAACUUCAAUAGUAUGGCUCUGUCACUAUAUAGCCUUUUGAAAGGUAUGCUGUCAGUAACUUAUUGUUCCAGUUAUGGACCACUGUCUAAACACUUGAUUUUUUGGGGUCAUUAGAAGGUUGUCUGCUUUUAAUCAGUUUGAUUUGGAAAAGAAGGACCAAAACUAUAUGAAUGUCUUACAAUGAAAUUUACCUGUUAAUUUUUUAUGUUCUGUUGUACCACUAUUCCUGUUUGAUUUUGCACAGUGUAAAAUGACAUAAUCAUAGAUUGCUAUGGUUUUAGGCUGUAUAUACAGUAAAAAACUAUGGGUUGUAAAUGUCUGGGGAAAUUCCUAUGGAAAAAAGAGAGCUAUGUAGAAGAACCUCUAAAAAGGUCAAUGUGCAUGCCCAAGGUCUUUUGAGAUUUAAGUGUGUAAAUUUCCUUUUAGCUUACACAAAAUAAAAUAAUUUAAAAGAUA